GUAAUAAGCGCAAACGAGAGGCGGCAGAAGAAGGAACAGAGGAUAAACGCUAUAUGAAAGACUUAGCCAGACUUGGCUGCCCAAGCGAUCUAGCGAGAACUUAUAAACAAUCGAGCCAUGAACCAAUGUUCCUGAAUCAUCGCCCAUUAUCUUCCAGUGGUAUUCCAACAGAACUACUACACCCAAUCUUUGGAGAGUUCCUAGAUUUAUGUCAGAAUGCUGAACCUACAGUUGAAGACUAUCACUUUGUAAAUGUUCUUAGUGAAGUGAUGUCUGAACACUGUGAGAAAGAGAUUGAAUGA